AUGAAGCAGAAUAAGAUAAAUAAAAUAGAUUUUGAACUUUUGUAGAAAAUUUAAAUCAAUGAAUCAAAUGUUAAUUUAUCAUGGGUGUUAAAAUUUCCUAAUUGUCAUUAAUUACAAUCCUCAAUUUACUAGAUGGCUUUCAUAGACCUUCAUAUAGAAAUAUAAAAUUACGAUAUAUAGGGAGCAUGUCAUAUUAUAAUUAAUAAUCAAAUUUAAUUUCCAUAUUUGCAAAUUGCAGAAGGAAUGCUAAUAUUUUAGAAACAAAAAUGUUUAUUUUUAUGCGAUUGUAUUGUUGAAAAACAAAAAUUUCUUUGUCAUUAAAGCUAACUAUUUUUAAUUAAAAUUACUAAUAACUAAGGUCACCUAAUACUUGUAUUUGUUCAUCCCGUAUCAUAAAGAGAAUGGUUUAAGAUACUAAAAUUAUCAGCCAAAUAAAAUAACUUUCUUUAAAAAUAUCGGAUUCAAUAAGUGAUAAUGACAAAUAUUUUUUCAGUCCUUCAAAGAAGAAAGAAUAAAAAAUAUGUUGCUUAAAUAAUUAAAAAAAGAGAUAUCCAUUAAUAAGAAUAAUACGAAAUAAUCAACAAUUAUAUUAAAAUUCUCAGAAGUGGGAAAAUUAUCAAUUAUUAUCCAGUUUUAAGUAUUUUUGAAGAUAUUGACAGUAUUUCAAUCAUUACUUAUUAAUUUAUUGGAACAACUUUUGAAACAUUGUUAUUAAGUGCUUAAACAGCUAUUCCUCAAUCUGAUUUAGCAUUCAUUAUUUACUCUGUUCUGUAAUCUUUAAGAUGUCUAUAAGAUGAAGAAUUAUUUCAUGGUUAUGUUUGUUUAGAGAAUAUAGUUAUGGCUAAUGUAUUAGGAUCUUUGCAAGUAUACUUGAUUAACUCAAACUAUAAGGUAAAAAAUAAUGAAACUAUUUUAUAGCCUUAUAAUCAAAAUAAUUUAGAUUUUUAUUUAAAUUUCAUUCCUAAAUAUUUGAUAGCUCCUGAAAUUCAAUCUUAAUAAGAUAUACCUUCUGUCAAAUCAGAUAUUUAUUAAUUAGGAAUGAUAUUUCUAUUAGUGAGCUUUUAUUCUAAAGGAUAAUAAUUUAACAGAUAAUAUAUAUCAAAAAUAUCAUAAACUAGAAAAGAACUUAUUAAAUAACAAGAAAUCAAUUUCUAAAAAUGCAGAGAUUCAGAUUUUCCUAAUCUUUAUAGUGCUUGUUAAUUAGAUUUGAUUAAAAAAAUGACUGAUAAUGAUCCUGAUAAAAGGAUUUCUGUAAAUGAUGCUAUUAAACAUGCUUGGUUUAUUAAUACAAGGGACAAACUGAAAUCAUAAAAAAUAUAAUCUAUGAAGAGAAAUCUACCUAGUUUAAAGACAAUUAUCGAAAUGGUUGAAUAAAGUGAAUAAGAUAUUAGAAGAAAAUCAUUUUAGGUCAGUAAUGUUUAAUAUAAUAAAAAUAAAUUGGAAUGUGCCACAUCUAUCUAGCAUCUUGAUCAUAGUCCUUUCCAUUAAUAAUAAGAUGCCAGUUCUUUAGUUAAAUCUUUCGAAAGCCAAAAUGAAAUUAUAGAUGAAGAACACGAAAUAAGCAAUUUAAUAUUCAAACUUAACAAUAAAUAAUAUAAUAUGAUGCCUUCCUUAUUAGGCCACAUUAUCCAAGAUAAAAAUUAAUAUAGACUCACUUAGUCUAAGAAUCAUUUAUCAUAAUUUCAAGAUUGA